AUGAUCAGCGGACGUCAGUACUACGAGAUACCGCCUGCGGGCCAAGCGAUCACGACUUCCUACAAAGGCAACCGGCGGUUCGAUCCCGACUACGGACUCAACUACGGGCACCACAGCUACGCUAUCGAACAGAAAGACUACCGGGCGGCCCGGGCAGUCUCUGGCAGUGGCCUUGGGCCAGCGGGUGCAAGGCAAUCGCUGUCAGCGCUGGACGACAAACGUGCCAACGAAAUUCGACAUGGCGUCUACGCACACGUUUUCCUGGAUGUCAAAAAUAGCAGCAAAUCAGAAGCUCCGUAAGUCUCUCUUUUCUAGCGGUUGGCCCCAUCUUUCAGUUUUCAACACUAUCGACGACUGCAUUUUCCCCAUCGUUCUACACCACUGGUUCCACGUACUGGUUUCUCUGCUGCGUCGUUGAUUCGCUGGCCUGUUUCUCCCACUGCUUCUUGUCGCGCGCCAUUUUUUCUGUUUAACCACUUUACUUUGCAUCGUUCCGCUUGGCCUCGUAUUCACUGCUGCAAAUUUAUUUUUUCCUCAUUCACGCGAUAUGUCACCUAUUGCGUCUGAAAUUUCGUUCCUGCACGGCUCGACAUGAGAUGACGCUGGCACUGGGCUGUAGUUGCUCGUUUCGGUUCAUCCCAUUUUCCCAUUUCUACAUCACCCUGGCCAUAUUCUUUGGCUGUUUCUUCCACUUCGGAACUGUUCUGCUUCUGCCCACA